AUGGAAGAAUCAGCUCUCAACAGCCUCAUAGACCAAGCCCAAGAAACUUUGUCUCCUAUAAACCCAUACGCACUUUAUGACAAUAUUAGGAAAAAUUAUUUGCAUCCUACAUUAUGCUCAGGCUCAAUGCCAAAUUUAGAACCAUUAAAGCAAACUUCUAGUCCGCACCGGCCAUAUGGCCCGAAGUACAAUUUCAUGAUAGAAGCACCAAGCAGUGAUGAAGGAUCUGACAUAGAAAAUUCGUAUCCUUCAGCAAGAAUAGUCGCUGAGUCUAUAUUUGACUCCACCCAGAUUUCCUUCACCGUAUUUAUAACCCUAGAAAUCACCUGAGACAAGUUCUCCUUAUUACCUAGCUAUUGGUAGCAUUGAAAGGAACCUUACUAAAGCCCAUCUCAAAAACGCUCUCAAGAGUUACGGUAUAAGAUAAUUUUUUUAAUUUAAAUUCCUCAUUAUUUUUUUAAAAAAAUAUUUAUUAUUUAUUUCUAGUAAUUCCCCAAAUUCAAUAUAAAUUAAUAUACCCACAAUUGACCUUUUUAGAAUUGCCGGGAGAAGCCAGAAUGGAAAAUUUUGCUAUUUUAAAAAUUAAAGACUGCCAUGAUGGUAACUUAUAUUUAGCUCAUUCGCUAUAUGCCAAGCUCUCAAAAGAUGAAGAAAAUGGCGUCCUAGGAGCUGUCGUCAAUGGCAUCCCAGGGUCCUCAGAAAAUUUGAAAGUCAGGUGGAUGAAUUAUUUGGUUCAUAAUCCGGAGCUAGAAUGAAACAGUGUAAUUCUAAGGGGACUGCCGAAAAAUUUCUCUUCAGAAGUCUUGAAGAAAAAGCUAAAAGACAUGGCAUUGCAUGUAGAGCCAGCAAAAUGAAUAAAUAAUAUUUUAUGUACAAUUGUAAGCCUUAGAUCAAUCGAAGAUGCAUAUACACUUAUAAAGAAUUUCCAGAGAUUGAGGCUAGAAGGGACGAUUUGUAUACAUCCGUAUAGUUCGGUAUUUCAGACCCCUGGGAAUUAUUUACAGAAAAUAGUCCAUGGGUCUAAGAAUUAUUAUAGGAGUGAGUGUAGAGAAGAGAUGCCGGUUAAGCAUAAAAAAAUGAGCGACGAUAUAUCAGAAAACCAAUAUUGGGAAGACAAAACUACAGGGGAAACAGCUGAAGAGGGAGAAAUUACAGACCGAGAAAAUGAUUUCCCAGACCAAUCCGAGUACUAUACUUUUUAUGAGUUUCCAGGGACUUAUUGGACAAAAGACGCAGAAUAUUCUCAUGACGGGCACAAAAUUCGUACUAGAGUUUCCCUGGGUAAAUAA